AUGGAGUGUUCACGAGUCAUAGAGGACCAGAAGACUUCCCAUCUAGGAGGCAAUUUAAAAAACCUUUAGCGAAUGUUCUACCGCUGAUUUCAGAUGACCCUCGUUAUCAGCCUCCACCACCUGAAUUUACUCUGGGUGACAUAACUGCUCAUGCUUCUCAUCGCUCCACAAUGCAAAUAGAUCUGUUAGACCAGCCAGUUGUUUCUCAGCAUCAUUACACCAAUAUGGAACUACUAAUUUAUAAGUUGCAAAAUAGACCUCAAAGCAAGAUUCACAGUGUGCUAUUAUCAUCUAAAGAGAUCCCUGAAAUGUCAAAAAGAAUUCCGUAUCCUCAACUUCUCCUUGAACACAGGAAGCAAAAUCUGACUGAAGGAGAAGAACAUUUAAUAUAUACAGGAGAAGACACAUUACAUCCGCUGCUGAAAUCACAAUAUUUACAGUGUUCAGAAGUUGCUCAUUCCGCUAAAGGCCAUGAUCAGAACAAUGUCCUGGAAACAUACUGUGAGCUUGCUAUAUUGGGGAGCCUGAUACAUGGAGGAAAAUCUUUGAGUCUGAAGGCAUAUUUUAUAUACAAGCUUCCUGACCUGAUGCCUUUGCACGAAACUCUGUCUUAUCUCAACUUGUCGUUUAACGAUUUCCGACUAUUCCCUACAGAGGUCUACAUGCUUGAAAAUUUGGAGGUUCUUAAGCUAAGAAACAAUCCUAUUAAUGAGAUCCCUUAUGGUAUUCAUAAUCUUAAAAAACUCAGGACCUUAAUCAUGUCAUUUUGCCUAUUAUCUUCACUUCCAGCUGGACUAUUUUUGCUGAGAAAUCUGCAGACAUUGGAUGUCUCCUACAAUAGUAUCUGCUCAAUCCCAAAAGACAUUGGCAAUCUCAGGCUUCUGGAAUUCCUGAACGUGGAAGGUAAUAGUCUGCCAGCUCUACCUUGUGAAGCACUGAAACUUAAGCUCAAAUACCUACGUGUUGCAAAUAAUGAAAUGCACCCUCUGUUUUGGAGAGAAAAUACUUGCAUUAAGCCUCAGAAGCUGACUGACUUGGCAGCUCUUUCCUUUGCUAAAAACAAUAUGUGGCACCAUGUGAAGAAAAUCCCUAAUGAUGUAAAAAAGAUAUUGGACAAUGUUAACGUCUGUGAUUGUUGCACAGGACCCCUGUAUGGUCAAGGACUUUUCUUUAUUCGACCAUGUGAAAAGAUCUUUGGGAUUCGAAAGCUUCCUUUUAUGUUCCAAGCCUGCUCUCCGUCCUGUUAUAAAAAUUUCAUGUGUCAGAGAGAGUCCCUUACUGAACAUCUGUACGGAUGCUGAUUUUUAUUACUGCUCUGGCUGGAUUUUUCUCAUCAGAUAUGGUAUAACAAAGGCCUGGGACAAGAUUACAUUGCACGGCACCUGACUUUCUGUUGAAUAAAGCAAAUAGGCAGUCCUCUCGCUAUUGUUUGAUCCAAGCAUUACUACCCAUUAAACGUUUAUUAUGCUCUA